CGCCAUGUUUUGAUGUCGUCAUCCCCCCCCAAACCGCUGUUUCCCGAGCAGCACAAUAGUCUGUCAGUGUUUUUCUGUUGUGCGCCUCGUGUUCCGUGUUCCUGGUGGCCGUUUUGGCGUGCCCCUUUGGCCAGCCCCAUCGUCGCGUCGAAGUUGGAUGCUCUCCUUCACGGCUGCGACGUUCAUCCUCGUGAGUUGACGGUCGCUGGAGGUGGCCCCCUUCGUGUCUUUUUCAUGUCCGGGCAGGUAACCGAGGAGCGGGGGGGUCCACGAGCGUCGUCUACGUGGUGGUAGUGUCCUAGUGACGGGAGGACGAGCAGACCACGAUCCUCCACCGAACAGUUGAUCUGAGUGGUUACGUCACACGACCCUGAGCUGGGCUUACAGAGAAAACGCUUGGCCAAAGAAGUGGACGGCGACGACGACGGGGACGAGGACGACGGCCCUGUUAAAAUGGAGCUGCGCCUGCACUCGCCAGCCGGAGCAGAACCAAUCGUCUAUCAAUGGCCCCUCACCUCUGGAUCCGGAUCUCUCCUUCCUGUGAAGCAUCUUCUUCAAACUGUACACAAGAGAAAAGUUUCAUUUCUGGAUCGUCAUGAUGGUGCACUCGAUGUUGUCGAAACAAUGCGAUGGGUUUGCGAAGAUUUACCAGAUUUAAAAUUACCAUUAGAAAAUAACAUACUUUGCGAAUAUGACACAAGGGACUUUGAAAGUAUGAAAGGUUUAUGCGAUAAAUUUAAUAGAGCAAUUGAUAGUUUAGUUCAGUUGGAAAAGGGCACUAGUUUACCAUCACAGAGGCUAAAUAAACGUCCUAGCAGAGGUUUAUUACGACAUAUACUUCAGCAGACGUAUAAUCAAGCUGUAGUUGAACCAGAUAAAUUAAAUCAAUAUGAACCAUUUUCGCCAGAAGUGUAUGGAGAGACCAGUUAUGAGCUUGUGUGUCAAAUGAUCGAUCAGAUCGAUGUAACAGAGGAUGAUGUAUUUGUUGAUUUGGGAUCUGGUGUUGGUCAAGUGGUUCUUCAAAUGGCGGCGGCAACAUUAUGUAAAAUUUGUAUCGGGGUUGAAAGAGCUGAUGUACCAUCAAAAUAUGCACAAAGUAUGGAAAUAAACUUUCGUAAAUGGUUGAAUUGGUACGGAAAAAGAUGCGGCGACUAUCGUUUGGUAAAAGGUGAUUUUUUAGCUGACGAACACCGUGAAAGUAUUACCGGAGCUACAAUUGUGUUUGUUAAUAAUUUCGCGUUUGGUCCAACGGUGGAUCAUCAACUGAAAGAACGAUUCGCUGAUUUACGGGAUGGAGCACGCAUAGUAUCGUCAAAAUCAUUUUGCCCCCUUAAUUUUCGCAUAACAGACAGAAAUCUUAGUGAUAUCGGUACGAUAAUGCAUGUUUCAGAAAUGUCACCUCUGAAAGGUUCUGUCUCUUGGACUGGUAAACCAGUGUCUUAUUAUUUGCAUGUAAUCGACCGUACCAAGUUGGAACGUUAUUUCCAUCGUUUAAAGAAUAAUAAACAGGGCGGCGAUGAAAACUCUGAUUCUGUGAUAAGUAACACUGCCAGCAGUAAUAAUAAGAUUACAAAUAGAGGAGAAAGAGGUGAUAGAGCCAAACGAGACCUUUCGAGGCAGUUAGAUAGUCCAAAUCAUUCGGAACAGCAAGGGACAAAUAGCGAUUCAGACGUAGAUGAAAAUAAUAUUAAAAAUCGUCGACAACCAAACAAAAUUCGUAGAAAAUUAAAUCGAAAGACCAACAGUAUUACAAGACCUCCAGCUAGAGGCGGGAAACAGAGAGGAAGAGGUGUGAAAAAGUCUAAGCCCAAGAAAGUAAUUAAUAUUUCUGGCCUGGACUUGCUGCAUAGUCAAACACUACUUAGUACAUCUCCACAGGCUCUGGGGAAAAAACCACCGCCAGCGCCUGGUUGCGUGGAUCAACAGCUAUCGUCAUUAUCGCUCUCUUUGCAGUCACAUUCCACCUCUGUACACGAAGAACUUAGUAUACCACCUGCUCCGUCCGCUACUCCAUAUGCUUUACAAAUACUUUUGGAUUUGUACAGGGACCAAUUUAUGCUCAUGUUAGAAUCAAUGAGAACUCCUCAAUAUAGAGUAUCGGUCAAUACAGAUAUUGCAAAAGAAAGAGAAAGAAAUUCGAAACUACAAUCAAGAGCAGCGCAAUUAGAAAAACAGAUAAAAGUAUUAAUUGACGACAGUGUAGCUCUUUUGAAAGCAAGAAUGACGGAAUUAGGUAUAAAUGCUACAUCACCUGGAGAUUUACUUGCAAAAGCUAAGGAAAUAGUUCUUAGACAUAAACAAUUGCAAGCAAAGGCAAGUAAAUUACAGGCACAAGUUGCAUCCAUGGAAAGUGAGCAAUCAAGGUUGACUGCACUUAGACAUCAAGAAUUGCAAGAGAAAUAUAGCAAUCUCUCAAGUGCAAACGGCAUAUCAAAUCCACCGCAACCGCUCCAGGAUUACAUAUUGAAAGAAAUAUCCGCAACUCUAUCUCAUCGUAAAAGAUUACAUUGUCAGGUGUCCAAACUGGAACACGAGUUGAAUGUUUUAGAAAGGGCAAGCAGCGAGAAACAAGUUGCUGCUAUUGCUCAACAGCAAAGAGAAGUAAUAGGCUCUAAACAUUCGCAAAAUCAACAUCAUCAUCAACAGCAAAAUGGAAAAAGUGGAUCGACGCGAAAGAGUAGAGAAGGACGAUCUAGAUCACAAGAAUGGCCCGAUGUUCCUGACAUCGGGAAGAUACAAGAGAACAAUCCAGAAAUACUGGCGCAGAAAAUUUUGGAAACAGGCAGACAAAUAGAAGCUGGUCGUAUGUUAAGUAGACAAAAUACUAGUACAAGUAGCAAUUCUAGGACCAGACUGCCGCAAGCAUCUCUUAGCUUUUCUACUACUUCGUCGUCUAUUUCAUCCUCGCAACCACAGACGAAUAAUAAAGAAACGGCAAAUAGAACUCAGGAACCGCCCAGGGUCGCAAACUUCGAAGAUAGAUUAAAAAGUAUAAUUACAAGUGUCUUGAACGAAGAUCAACAAAAUAGAAAUAAGCAACAACAAAUGCAGUUACAGGUGCAAUUACAAAAUCAGACUGAACCAGAUAGAAAACGUAUUGCAUUACCACAAAACGUUGCUACACCUGAUUAUACACAGGUUUCACCUGCAAAGUUAGCACUUCGCCGUCAUCUCUCUCAAGAACGUCUUUCAUCUCACUUAACACCCUCUGAUAGGCCAACAAUCGACUCCAGGCAAUCGAGUCAUGACAAUCGUAUUGUAGCAGGAGGAAAUGGAUUGCUCGGCACUAGGACGAUCGGCGAUUUGGUCAGCGGGGAGAUAGAAAGGACUUUAGAGAUAUCCAAUCAAUCGAUAAUAAAUGCAGCCGUUGAUAUGAGUGCGAUGAUAAGACCGGAAACUGUGUAUUCUCCUAUUAGCAGACCAGCUAGCGCAGAAGGUGAUGCUGGUUUAUCAACCCUCGCGCAUGUCGCAAGUUACGCGCCAACAUCUUCUGCGGUUUCAACAUGCACAACCGCUACUUCAAGAUCGUCUGUAUUGUUCACUCCAGUAACGCAACCGCAAAGAUAUACGCCGGUUCAGUUACCUCGUGCAGACAUUAAACCUUAUCAUGAAUCGUACUUUUCUGACAAUCCUUCCCAGUCUAUUGCACAGACCCAUCCCCCGCCGUCAUUGCACACAUCGCAGGCUGCAUCGAAUGGUGAACUUUUGCCAGUAGAAGGACUAGCAGCGUCUUUACAUGCCCGUAUACUGAAUAAUCACAACACGAAACCCGAAUCGAUACUUUCUACAAGUAGAAGAUUUCAACCAUAUCCUCGAUACGCAACCAGUAGCAACAGUAAUGGCAGUACAACAACAAAUGGUAUUGUAACCGCCAUUUGUCAAUCUCAGCCUUCGAUGUCGGUGAAAACAGAAGCAGUCGUGUCAUCGAUAAGCACAAGCGGAGCGCCAUUGAGUCCUCUUGUAGAACCACACUCUAAUACAUCUACUCCAUUAGUCGAUGAACCCCAAAUGACAACACAAAGGCAGCGAAAUGGUAUUGGCGACGAUGAUGGAGAGGCAGAUUGGCAAGACCGUAUUAGUUCUGGAUUUGAUAGGCUGGUUGCAUUCGCUUCUACCGAACUAGACAAGCGAAGAAGAUCCACAGAGGGAGUGAAUACAAGUCCGGACAGUGGUUUAGGAUCAGAUAGUACUGUAACGGGACCACCACCAGUGAUCCCAUCGCCCGAUGAAGCGCUGGGACCUCCUCGCACACCUUCACCGACCAGUCCCCGCCCACCGAAUCCCUCCAACAGUAACACAAGCAGCGCCGCGUCUUCAGUGCCUCUAAAAUAUCAACGGCAACCAGAUCCUGAACGGCACCAUUUUAAGAAAAAGUUUUUUCACAGAGAUUGGAAUAACUCUGGAGGCACCAGUAAGUUUCGUCCUAAAGGCAAGGAUUGGGAUUGGAAUCAUUCAGGACAGUGGCCUUCGAAUGACGAACAAUCUUAAUCUACUUUUUAUACUGUAACUUUGAAUCUGAAGCUUUUAACGAUUUCUCUAGCGAUUGUUAGGUUUGCAGAAUUGAAAAUGCCGGUUGCAGAUGAUAUAUCGUUUCUUUUGAUAAUAGAAAUGUUAUUGCCCCUCUCCGUGCUCCUUAUAGCAUGGUUGAAAUAAUUUUUAAUCAUUGAUCAUGUACAAUGUUGCAGUACAUUGCACGCUUGAUUCAAACGCGUUUAGUGUUUGAGUUGAUUCUUCCUAUUUUGCGAUGGCAAAAUAUGAUGCAACUAUUUUAGCUGAAUCUGAGAGCUCGAUAAUUUUUUGUUUUCUUCUCGUAUAUCAUUGUCGAAAAAUAUAUUUAUUUAAUGGGAAACGUUAUGAGGCUAAAUGUACUGCGAAAUUGAAGUUGAUAUUUCAAUGGUAAAGAAUCUAUUUAAUAUUUAGCCGUAUACACGCGUAUAUUGAAAAGUGGAUGGUCAAGGGAAUGUAAAACGCAUUGUUAUACAUUACUCACUGAUAAGUAAUUUAACUUAAUAUUAUUAGCUACUACAUUUUUUGGUGAGAAAAAAAAAAACAAUUUAGAGGAUAAUCAUUAUUGAUUCGAUAUAUGGCAUACGGUGAGAAUGUGUUUGCCUUCAUAAAUAUUUGCUAUAUAUCAUAGAGAUUAUAUUCCCUGAAAAAGUGAACGGCUUGUAAUGCGCGUCUGUAAUUAUGGUACAUGACUGUUACAUGUGUAAUGUAGUAGGCGUUAAAGGUGUGCUGUGUAAAGAGUGUGCCAUAUAUUAUGGAUGUUGCAGCUGAUAUUAGUUGGUAAACAAACAAAAAGAAAAAAAAAAAAAAAAAAAGUGGAAAGAAGCUACCAAAACCUACGUGUGUUCGUAGCAAAUAUUCGCUGCAAAUUUUAUACGCGAUUCUGUAAUCUUCCGUCGUUUCUGGAAGAUUGUAUAUCGAAGUGUUCACUGUUGCUCAUAGAAAGUUAUGGCGACAGACGGCAAAGAAUAGUCAUUUCAUCGGAAGUUAAAUCUAAUUCGUUUCUCGGGGCACAAAUUUACCCACUUUGUUUGUGAGAUUGUGCAGAAUAUCCAAAGAAUGAUCUCUGCGAGUAUCGAUUAGAUUUUUCCAGCGGUUUGGAUCGGACUCGCGUAUCCCGCUGGUAAAUUCGAAACAAAUUUGUAAAUAGAUGCAACGCGUCAUCGAACACGCGCGUCUAUGUAUAAAAGAUUUUUUAGUCAUUGUGUCGUACAUAGGGUAUCGGAAAAUUGUAAAGAAACCACCGAGCAACCGUCAGCAAUGACCUUGUAAAAAAAAAUGAACUCGAUCGGCGCGCCGUAUAUAAUUGUAAUUAAUUAUCAAAUUAUUUAAUAAUCCCCCGUAUACAUUAAUGCAUAUAAUUAAUCACGAUGUAGGCACCUGCCAAGUUUAGCGUGUUAUAUACACUGCCGAAUCUUCUAUUAAUUUUAUUAUUGAUCAUGAUUAUUAUUUAUUGUUUUUAUUGAAAUAUUUUAAUACUAAGGUUUUUGUAAUAAGCAUAUUUUCUCUUUCAUUCUUACCUUCCAUUUACAAUAAUACAUUAUUUUCGAUUUCAAAUCUUAAUCACCUGUAUGUUGAGAAUCAUUGAUUGUAUUGUAACAAGAUUUUUUUAAUCAAAUUGUUUCAGCACUUUGUAGGUAUUCAAAUUCAGCAUAGAACAAUAGGAUACAUUUUUAAGCGUAUAUCAUCGGGGGAAAGAAGUUUAUUAUGAUGUUACACAAUUGUGUUAAUCUUCAUCCAUAUACACUAACACCUUUCUUGUAAAAAAGCUAGUUUCGUUUAGGUAUUUAUUCAUUUACGGCGUGAGAGAAUAAUGUUGAGAAUUGCUAGUAAUUAUCGUACAAUACGAUUUUAUAGAAAUGAAAAAAAAAGAAACAGAUGUAAACAGUAUCUAACAAAGUACAAAGUUCUACCUGAACAGAUUAUAUUUCAUACGAUAUCUGUUUUGUACAUCGAGUAACUAAUGCAUUAAAAUAUACUACAUUUUUAUCUU